AUGCCACAGAAAAGAGUUCGAUCAAAUUCACCGACGAAUCUUACACGACAGAAGAGUUUCAGAAAGGAAGUAGAGUUAUUACCAACGAGGCCUAAUAGAAUGACGGGUUCACCUUCUCCAAGCCGAAGAUUCACCAUCUCAGACAACAGUGUUUCGAAGCGAAUGAGUAAUACUAACAACAGUCCCAAUGUUAGUGUUGCUCAUUAUUCCCGUUCGGUUAAUUCGUCUUCUUCUAUAAGAAAAGAAAGCGUUAAAGCAAAGAUCUCUAGUCCGAAUUCAAACAACAGUUUGCGACGGAUUCAUUCUUCUGGUUUGAAUUCGAGGCAGAGAGAGACCAUUGUUAAGGAUGUGGUUUCUAACCACAACCACAAUAUGGAUUCAACAGUUAUGGAAGAUGUUGAUAAUCCUCUUAUCUCAUUGGACUGUUUCAUCUUUUUGUAG